AUGGAGUAUGUAUAUGACUACAUGUUCCACUUGCUGAAUGAAUAUGCAAAGCUCUUGAAGUAUAAACCCACUGUACCUCCAGGAGCCGUUGAAGUCUGCUCAGAGACAAUGGUCUGCAAUGCCAAAGGGUUAGAUAGAGAGUUCAUGAUAGAAUCCAUGGGGAUAUUGCAACUUCUGAGACUGUAUCCCAGAAAGUUGCCGGACUUGGGUUUGUUUUUCGGAUGUGGCAACCGGACGGUGAUCGGAAAAAGGGACUACAUGGGUGUGCAUCCGAGAAAAGCACCGCCGAUGUUCCGUUACUGUGGUGAUGACUCAUCGUUGGACUUGGUUUCCCUGAUUGGUCUUUCUGGGGAUG